UUUUAUUUAGGUUGUAGAAAAUUAAACAGGUUAUUGUAACACUGUGGCCGCCUUAUUCAAAACAGCACUGAACAAAAAGAAUGAGUUACCUAAAAAUUGGAAUAGCUGUCGCCAUCUUACUUGUCUUAUUAAAAUGGUUGAUACCAAAAUGGUUGUUUGAAGAUCUGAGAUAUCUUCGAAUUAUUAUGAGCGCAAAGAAAAGUGGAGACCUCAAAGUAAAAAACAACCUUACUUUUUCAAAAUUAUUAUCAAUAAAUGCGAAAAAGUAUCCAACGAAGGUUUAUCUUUAUUAUGAAGAUGAAACUUAUACUUUUGCUCAAAUGGAUGCUCUGGUUAACAGAGUUGCAAGAUCAUUAAUUUCACUUGGUGUCGGGCAAGGAGAUCAGGUUGCUUUGUACAUGUAUAGUGAACCCAUGUACCUGGCUAUAGUAUUUGCUUCCAUUCGCCUUGGUGCCGAGAUAGGACUAAUCAACAGUAACUUAAAGAAGUCACCAUUAAGCCACAGUUUAAAAAUGGUUGAAGCAAAAUUUCUCCUUGUUGGAAAUGAUUCCAACCUAGAACAGGCAGUUGAAAAUAUAAGACCAAGUAUUCCUGACACAAAAAUUAUUUUCUGUGGUGAUUCUACCAAUGAAACCAGUUUCCUUUCAACUGUUGAAAAAGCAUCUCCAUUAAAAUUAGAAGAGAAGUAUCUGCCUACUAAUAUUUCAAUGAGUGAUACUGCAUGUUAUAUAUUCACAUCUGGAACUACAGGUCUCCCAAAAGCAGUUACCAUGUCGCAUGCAAAGGUGGUUCGGAUAUCAGAAGUUUGUGUAUUCGUAAACAUGUCUCCAGAUGAUAUAUUAUACACUGCCUUACCUCUGUACCACACAGCAGGGCUCCUAGCUGCUUGUAUGUGUGCUGUGAAUAUAGGAUGUUCGGUGGUUUUGCGGAGAAAGUUUUCUGCUAGUAAUUUGCUGAGUGAUUGUCGCAAAUAUAAAGUCACCAUGCUGCAGUACAUUGGAGAACUGAUCAGAUACUUGUGCAGCCAGCCACCGUCUCCUCAUGAUAAAGACCAUAGCAUUCGCAUGGCAUACGGUAACGGUAUGCGUGCUGAUGUGUGGAACAAAUUUAUUGAAAGAUUUGGGAAGAAAAUCAAAAUUCGUGAGUUUUACGCGGCAACUGAAGGAAAUUGUGGAUUCAUCAAUAUGUUUGAUGAAGUUGGUUACGUAGGAACGUGCUCACCAUUAAUGAAGUGGUGUGUAGAAGUCCCUUUAAACCAACCUGGACUUUGUAUUACUAAAGUAACGAAGUUAGCGCAGUACCAACCUUACAAAGGUGACCCGAAAAUGACUGAAAGGAAAUUGCUAAGGAACGUUUUCAAGCCUGGAGACGAGUACUACAUAUCGGGCGAUCUUUUGCUACGUGACGACCAGUACAGACUCGCUUUUUUCGACCGAGUCGGCGACACUUUUCGGUGGAAAGGCGAAAAUGUUUCUACGAACGAAGUUAGCGAUACUGUUGUGUUAGCUGGCGGGAUUAAAGAGUCGAAUGUUUAUGGAGUCGAAAUACCUGGUUGUGACGGGCGGGCAGGAAUGGCAACUAUUGUAAUAGACGAAGAAAUCUUUAGUUUUGAAAGUCUAUACCGUUUCCUCGAUGACGUACUUCCCAAAUAUGCAGUCCCAGUUUUUAUAAGAACCAGCAGCGAACUGCAACUUACUUCGACAUUAAAGCAACAGAAAACUUCUCUCAAAGACGAAGCUUACGACCUAACAAGAGUAACGGAUCCAAUAUACAUAAUCAACCGCAAGCAAGCAACUUACACCCUACUAACUCCGGAAUUGCUCCAGCAAAUAAAGAACCGGGAAUUGCGUUUUUAACUCAGUGUGCUCAUAACAUUACACGAAAAGUUUUAGUAUAAUACUAACCUCAUACCCGCAUAUUUACCAAUCAUCUACACGCAGUAGUAUAUAUUUGUAUAUCAUGUAUAUUCUGCCUCAAAUGAUGUUCCAAGACUGCCUCAAAAAGACGUAUACUAACUUUGGCCAUGCAUGACGACUGCCAAGGUAGAUUAUAUAGUAGAGUGGGGGAAGAUGGAACACCUGUUUAUUCUAUUAUCUCGUUUUUUUUUCGUAGUAAACAAAGAACAUAACGAAUUAGAAAACCGCAUUCCAACGACUCCCAUAUAGACCGUUGUUAAUUGUUUAAAACAGGAUUAGGAAAUUUGGAUAUUAUGUGCUGAAGGUGUCCCGUCGUACUCCACAGAACACAGUCUUAUUUUUCUUAUACUUUUACCUUGAUUUUAUCAACAUCAAAAUAUGCAUUCAUUUUUUAAAGUUGUUUUUGUAGCAAUUUCAAAUGGCUUUUGUAUGUUUUUUCUAGCAAUAGCAAAAGGUUGCAAUUUUUGCCAAGUAUUUUAACAAAAAGCAGUGUUUGUGUCGGUCAUUACUUGCCUUAUAUCCACACAAAAAAUCAAACAAAAAA